AUCAUAGGGCUCUGAUCACUCAGCAUUCCUUGGUUGUCCUCCUGAUCCUGACUCAUUCUGAGUAAAAUCAGCAGGGACAUCUGACCGUGGAUGGGGAGGUAGGGGAUUGCCCACGUCCUUGGGAGAGGGGUGAAUUUAGGACUUGGGACCAGGAGGGCACAUCUGGACUUCUUCCAGUGUUCUUCUAGUGUUUCCCCUUCUGGAUUUAAAGGAGUUAGGAACGGGGAAAUUUAAACCAUGCAGGUCUAGACCUGGUUUCCCUCUAGGACCAUGUGUUUCAUUAGGAAAUCUUAAAACCAAUAGGUGUAAACCCGUGUUCCUGAGAGUCUGUAUGAAAUCCAGCUAGAAACUGAAUCUACAUCCCAUGUAUUACCCUUUUUGCUCCAAAGACCCUUUUUUUCUCUUCCCUCACAUCUGUUUAUGGAAGAAAAUGGGGAUGUGGUUUAGGAACUGAACUAGAUUCUUAUGAUCUGUCACAUGCCUCGAUGUUGAGGGAAGCAUUUGGAGAAGCUCACAUGAUUUGGACCUGGAUCAGGGAUUUUAAUAAUUGAGACAGAUAAUGUUCAUCAGGCAUCCCACCAGCUGAGAGUUUUAGCAACAAAGAAAAGCCACAUGUGAGUUUAUCAGUGCUUAUGGCAUCGAUUCAAGGGCUCUCAUAAAAAACCAGGGUUACUGUUUUUGGUUACUUUUAGAACUGAUUUCUUCUGAAUUUUCUGGGUAUAUUCUCAGCAAAGCCGUGUUAGGCUGGGAAAGCUAUUCCCCAGCCUGGGAGCAAUGACAGCUUUUAGCCAAUAAGCUUACAAAGCACAAGUGUUUUUGGAGCCUAUGGUUUCCCUUCCAUACUCCUUUCUAGCCUUUUGUGUUCGUUUCCUCAUCCCUGACGUGAGGGUCAGACACAAAUUUGAAAAUUGAGGUUUCAGAGUUGGAGAGAUGAGUAACAACAAGAAAAGGGCAAGAAAAGAUGUAAUCCCGCAGCAUAAUAAAUGAUAUAAAGACGAAGGAUGAGGGAGAUCAGGACUGUGUCUAUUUAUCCACCAAAGAGAAGGUAAGCCCCAACUCGGGCGAUGUGUAUUGAGGUCUUUUUUUUGUCUGCCCUCAAAGGCAGACAGCCAUGUAAAACUAAAUACCUAAGAACUCUCCACCGUGGUACACAUGCUCCACAUGUACACACAGAAACAAUGCAAACCCACUGCCUCCUUCCUUCCUCCCUAACCCCCCUCUCAGCCUUUCUGUCUGCACUGCCCUCCCCAUCCAAAUUUUCCAGCCAGCAGUUGGAGCUGACUUCCGCAAUCCUGGUGGAAUAAAUCCAGCAUCCCUAGUCAUCCGUCCACAUUAUCCACACUUCCCUGCCGAGACGAGCCCAGAGAACAGACUCCGUCAGCAGGAUGUGGGGGUUCAAAGUUCUACUAUUGCUGCCUGUGGUGAGCUUCGCUCUAUACCCUGAGGAGAUACUGGACACCCAAUGGGAGCUAUGGAAGAAGACCUACAGAAAGCAGUAUAACAGCAAGGUGGAUGAAAUCUCUCGGCGUUUAAUUUGGGAAAAAAACCUGAAGCAUAUUUCCAUCCAUAAUCUUGAGGCCUCUCUUGGUGUCCAUACAUAUGAACUGGCCAUGAACCAUUUGGGGGACAUGACUAGUGAAGAAGUGGUUCAGAAGAUGACUGGACUCAAAGUACCCCCGUCUCAUUCCCACAGUAAUGACACCCUCUAUAUCCCAGACUGGGAAGGCAGAGCCCCAGACUCUGUUGAUUAUCGAAAGAAGGGAUAUGUUACUCCUGUCAAAAACCAGGGUCAGUGUGGUUCCUGUUGGGCUUUUAGCUCUGUGGGUGCCCUGGAGGGCCAGCUCAAGAAGAAAACUGGCAAACUCUUAAAUCUGAGUCCCCAGAACCUGGUGGACUGUGUGUCUGAGAAUGAUGGCUGCGGAGGGGGCUACAUGACCAAUGCCUUCCAGUAUGUGCAGAAGAACCGGGGCAUUGACUCUGAAGAUGCCUACCCAUAUGUGGGACAGGAUGAAAGUUGUAUGUACAAUCCAACAGGCAAGGCAGCUAAGUGCAGAGGGUACAGAGAGAUCCCUGAGGGAAACGAAAAAGCCUUAAAGAGGGCAGUGGCCCGAGUGGGACCCAUCUCUGUGGCCAUUGAUGCAAGCCUGACCUCCUUCCAGUUUUACAGUAAAGGUGUGUAUUACGAUGAAAACUGCAAUGGCGCUAAUCUGAACCACGCGGUUUUGGCAGUGGGAUAUGGGAUUCAGAAGGGAAACAAGCACUGGAUAAUUAAAAACAGCUGGGGAGAAAACUGGGGGAACAAAGGCUAUAUCCUCAUGGCUCGGAAUAAGAACAACGCUUGUGGCAUUGCCAACCUGGCCAGCUUCCCCAAGAUGUGACUUCAGUCAGCCAACCCCGUCCUGCUCCUCCGUCCCUUCCGCAAUGGUGCAGCACACCGAUGUACUUUGGGAGGGAAUUGGUGUGCCUUUCUUGAAGCAGAUGCAGAGAUCGUCCGUUCAAUUUCCCUCUUUGUUUGUGCUUCAAGUGACACUCCUACUACUUUUCUUCUCUUCCCCCUAGGUCUUUAUUUUUCCAUUGUGGCCACAAUAGGAAUUUCCCUAACAGGUAUGCAUUCUUGGGCUGAGACAUGUAACCACAGCCUGCCCUGACUGUGUUAUCCUGGGGCUGACGCUGCGCAAGUAGGAGCUAGAGAGCUUCAGAUAGGCUAGAUUCUCACUCACAGAGACUAGUUAGCUCUACCAACUCUAGAGGACUAAGGUGACCUGACUUCUGUUUCCAUAUUUACUUCUAUUUCUUAAAGGUAGAACUUUCUAUUUUUUCCACCCCAAUUAAUAAAUCUAUUCACAAAUGUUUGGUACGAGUUUACAAGAUACAACAAAUGUGUUUUCUGUUUCUUUCUUUGCAUUUUCAAAGUAAACCAUAUUUAUCUCUCAUCUAUAAUUUAAUAAAUAGCUAUUUAGUAAACAUUCAUCUUGUGUCAGAUACUAGCUAGGUGCUGUAGACAAAAAGAUGAAUAAAACAUAUUCCUUAUA